UCAUAAAUAAAGAGUUAGUCGACUCAGCGAUUAUUGGCUGGUUUUCAUACAUGAUUAUCAUCCAUUACGGGUAUGUUAUCGUGUAUCAGUGUGGUGAUUAUUUGCAUACCUGGAGAUUUCGUAUAUAUUUAUCAACCAUUACUUACUAUGUAAGUUGUGAAUAGUGGGGUGAAGGCCGCCAGAAAUCAGAAGGAUGCGUGAAAUUGAUGAGUCAGGGGGCACGCAAGAUGGUCAAAUUAAUGAGCAGAAAUCGAACAAAAAGCACAAAACAGACCUCAGAUCAGCAUCAGCGCAGAUUCUCGCGACACUCAUUCAGGACUGGCUGCUUCUGGGAAUUGGUCUGACGUUGGGAGUUCCAACAUUGGUCGUGGGAGCGCUCUACAGGAAUCCAGCAUCAACUUUCACCUUGGACGAUGACCAAGCGUCUUGGAUUGGGAGCAUACCCUUCAUCUGCAACAUUAUUGGGAGCCUGGCCUCGGGUCCAUUCCAAGAGCAGUUCGGCCGGAAGGGUAGCAUGAUCCUCGUUAACAUCCCCUUCUUCUGCGCCUGGCUGCUCCUCUUCUACGCUCGCUCCGUUGCUUCUCUCUACGCCGCGUCGGCCAUCAUGGGCCUAUGCGCCGGCUUUUCCGAGGCCCCUCUCCACUCCUACUGCGGCGAGAUCGGCGAGCCCCACCUCCGGGGGAUGCUGUCCACCAUGUCCACUUCCGCUGCCAUCAUGGGGUCGCUUCUCAUCUACGUCUUCGCCUACUUCUUCGAGUGGAGGGGUGCUGCGCUCAUCAGCAGUGCCUUCCCGGUUAUUACGUUUAUCUCCAUGACUCAGAUACCCGAAUCUCCUACGUGGUUGGUAAUGAGAGGUAGACUGGAAGAUGCACAAAGAUCUUUAUGCUGGUUGAGAGGCUGGGUCGAACCAGAUCAGGUUAGAGAUGAAUUUGAGGCGCUCGUUAAUUACACCAAACAGAAAGUAGCUUCACUUGAAACGGCUCAUCUGAACAUACUUGAGAGACCAGCAAUCGAGAAAUGCAAUGUUUUCACAGCUCAUUUGAAAGGACUUACUGCUAAAAAUCUGUUACGGCCUCUACGGAUGGAAUGUAUAGUAAUUGCAAACAGCUACACCACAGGGUUCGCGGGCUCGAAGCCCUAUCAGAUCCAAAUUUUCAGACAACUCGGCUACGGUGACUUUGCUAAGCGUAUUUUGAUACUAGGUCACUUAAUUUUCUUCGUUGGCGCAAUGGGAAAUCUGAUAUUACUGCCGUACUUCGGGAAACGGAAACUAGCUUUGUUCGCUUUUGGACUGUCGUUCUCCUGUCUUUUUGGUAUUGGGACCUUUGGCAUUUUUCGCAUGGAGCUCAUCCAGAUUCCAGGCCUCUUUUGGCUCCCUUUGAUCCUAAUACUAGUAUUCAAAUUCACUCUCGGGCUUAGUAUAAUGCCGUUACCAUGGCAACUUUUAUGCGAAGUAUUUCCACCUAUUGGCCGCGGAACUGCCAGUGGGAUAUCGUCAGCCUUUGGAAAUUUAAUCAGUUUUGGCAUGACUAAAUCAUUUCUGUACUUGAAAGCUUGGUUGGAUCUGCCGGGUGUAAUCUACCUCUACGUGGCGUGUGCUUUUCUUGGCUGGCUGUACUUCUACUUCUACCUUCCGGAAACCGAGGGCAAGACCUUAGAGCAGAUAGAGUCUUACUUUACCGAAAAUCAUGAUCGAAAGGAAAAAUUUUUCAUCGGCAAAUCAGGACGCAAAAAUUGAGCUCUAAACAUUCGAAAGCAGUUUAGAUCUUAAGCUGGGUCUGAAAGACCCAGCAACAGAGUAGAUCCGCCGUUAUUUGACUCAAUGUAGUUUUGCUGAUUGCUGACCCGUUUUUAGUAAAUAUCUCCGAAAAUACACCAUAUCUUAACAAACCAUGAUAAAAAUUGAAAAAGAGGGGGAAAAUAUGAAGUGACAGGCGCUAUUAUUUCAGGCUUACCCGAAGAAGUUCCUUUCCAUCCGAGAUCUAUGGAUUACACUUUAGUCUUCUCUAAUGGCACCACUUUCUUAUUUCCCGGACUAUUUAGACGAUUUAAGUUUUUUCGUUCAAUACACUUCACUUCUCUCUUGAAAAGUGAGUCACCAAUAAAGAGGAAUAGCAAAUGCGAGUGAUGAUAAUAAAUAUGGUUACAGAACUGCUUUAGUAAGGCUCAUUUUGGAACAGCUUGAAAGUUUUCAUGGAGAAAAAUGCUGCUUAAUAUAAGACUGUUAGGGUUAAGCAAAACUUUAAAGUGAUCCUUAUAGAUUUAAUGUUCACUACGGUCCAAGCUACUGGAGAAAACGGAGGAGGAAUUAAUACAGACAAGUCUAUUACAGAAUGUUGUUCCAGACUUGGAUCCCCGUGCCCAUUCGGCGAAUCCAUCAUCAGCGGCGUGGCGUGCUUGCGAUACAUCGAUUGAUCUGCCAUUUAAACCUAUGGAAGAGGAUCGAUUAGUAGAGUGUUGGCAGCGAACACCUUAAUGAUAGAUUCUAUACCAUACCUUCAAAUGGGGAAAUAUCGAUAAUCGAUCAUUCACGCCUCGCCUCUGUAUCAUCUGAUGUCCGGAACUUAUAAAUGAGACGUCUGGUGGGUUUUCGGCUACUGAAUGUCUGGCACGUCCUACAAUAUGCUACGUAAGCUUUUUUUGCUUGUCCCAUUUUAUAGGAAAAGUUUUUUAGAAGUAGAUUUAAAGAGACACAAUGUAAUUUUUCAUGCUAAUUGAAGCGCCAGUCUGUUUUAGGUUUAGCUGUAAUGAAUGUAUAGUAGUAAUUAAAUGUACGGUUUUUUAACGAGUAA